AUGUUACCUCAAACCGAACACGAGGAACGCCAACCACUCUUGCCUCAUCAGGAUUCGGUUCCCCAUCACCAAGUAGGGAAUUCACUAGACAGGGAUGACGAGACAGAAACACGCUCAAUCACGCCGCUCCCAGUGAAACAACUGAUCGUAUUAUGCAUCAUGAGGAUCACAGAACCCGUAUCCUUCACCGUUAUAUUCCCAUUCAUCAAUCAAAUGAUAGAAGAUCUUAAGGUCACGCCCGAUAGGACUCAAGUUGGAUCUUACGCUGGACUGAUCGAAAGUUUAUUUGCCGUAUCUCAACUAUGUACCGUACUCUUCUGGGGGCGAUUAUCUGAUAGGAUUGGUCGUAAGCCUGUAUUACUCAGCGGGUUGCUAGGCUUAUCCGUUGGAAUGAUUGCCUUUGGUGUUCAAUGGUCUUUUAUCGGGCUUAUUCUCGCUCGUUCUUUUGCUGGUGCGAUGAAUGGUAAUAUUGCUGUUAUCAAAAGUACCCUGGCCGAACUUACGGAUGAGACUAACCAAGCAAGAGCGUUUGCUCUACUUCCUCUAUCGUACGCCAUUGGAAUAGCUGUCGGACCCGCUAUUGGAGGAUAUACCGCGAAACCAGCGGAACAAUACCCCAGUCUAUUCUCUAUAACCGGGGUUUUUGGUCGAUAUCCGUACUUCUUACCAUGUUUCAUCGCUGGCAGCUUAAAUGUGUUGGCAGUUGUUCUGGGGAUAUUUUUCCUAGACGAAACGCUGCCUACUAAAACUCCAGCUGCGCUGAAACGAGCCGCUCAAGAACGCGCUCAAGAAACAGAGACAGGAAUACAGACUCAAUCUUCAGUCGUCGUGGAGCCUCCAUCUGUCAUAUCUUUGUUGAAGAAACCGGUUAUCUUGGUCCUUCUGUGCUUUAUAUUCAUGGCCUUUGAAAAUUCGGCAUGGAACGCAUUAGUGCCACUAUUUUCUUAUACUCGCAUAGAAGAUGGCGGUCUUGGUCUUACCAUGAAUCAAAUCGGGACUACGCUCAGCAGCAGUGGUAUUGUUGCCGUACUGGUACAAACCGUACUCUUCCCUCUACUUCAGCGCAAAUACGGCACUAUCAACCUCUUGCGAUGCGUCAAACUGGCAUUUCCGAUAUGUUUCAUGUCCUUACCUCUCAUUGGUAUCAUGACACGUGAAGCGUCACCGGAUGGUAAGACAGUGACACCACAUUCGACCCUGGUUGCUAUGCUAGGUAUGGCGUUUUCGCUUGCCCUCAAGUGUUUUGGAAACAUGUCAAUCGUAUGUAUCACUCUCCUCGUGAAUGCAUCUGCGCCGACUCGCGAAUCACUUGGAACAGUCAAUGGUUUGGCUCAGUCUUGCGCUUCCUUGGCUCGUUCCUUUGGUCCUGUUGCAACAGGGUCUUUGUUCGCCGCUAGUAUUGGUUCGCAUGCGCUGGGCGGAGCCUUGAUAUGGGUUGUGCUCAUGCUGAUCUGUGCUGCAGGAUAUGCAACCUGCUGGAUAGUGGAAGAGGGUCACCCAAGUUGGCGAAAGGGAGGUGGAGCCAGACCAAGUGUGGCUGUAACCCCUUCAGUCAACUCAUCUUUAACAGAUGGCGCUUCUAAUACUCGGACAGGGUAUGGAACGAUGUCUUCUUGA